AUGGAAUGUAAGCACUCGACCGGACGAGGCGGUGUUGCGAACAUCACUCCGCUGUCUCCUGGACCUGACUCUGCACCCCACGAGCACGAGCACGGCGCCGCAGAGCACACUGGGCGUGGCGGUGCCGGCAACAUCUUCCGCACGCGGUCGCGCAGCGAGUCGAAGAAGCGCUCGAACUCACGCGGACGCACUGGCCUUGGCCAGAUGUGGCAGCGCGUGCGGUCGAAGUCGCGGGCACCAAGGGAGCACGAGGGUAUCGCGCUGGACACGCAGCUGCAGGACAUGACGAUCUCGGAGGCGAACACCUCGCGCGAAAGCAUGCAAGCGCCGCAAAGUUCACAGGCGGGCGCGAGCGGGGACCCGCCUCAGGGCGGGCAAGAAUGA